AUGAAACCGCGGGAAAAGGUCGUCACAGCAGAAGAUAUUCAAAAUUCGCUAUAUUUUGUUCAUGUCGAGCAGCCAGAAGACGCACAACUGUUUGAUUCACCUCCCGUCCAAGAACCACCAUACCCUGAUUCUCGCCCAAACUUCCUGCAGGGGCCACAGCUAGCCGCGGUACAGCGCAAGCCUGUGUCCAAUCCCGUUGCUGGUGUACCUCUUGCUGCUAAACGCAAGCCAGUCCAAGCGACACUGGCCCCGGUCCACGGCUUCGAGACCACUCAUAACAGCCAGCAAACAUCGGCUGGUCUUCUGGGUCCUAACUACGUCCCUCGCCGAUCGUUCGAGGGGGGUCAACAUCAGGAUGAGAACAGACCUCCGCUCCCACGAAGGACUACUCAGCAACUCACAUCAGGAACGUCUCUGGUCAUCAUUCGUCGUGAUCCAGCCUCUGGGGCACAGUGGAAUGUCGCUCGCAUCGAUGACCCUCUAGCGCUGGAUGUCUCAUCGUCGACGUUGAAGGACCCGGCGGCUAAGAGGAAAGUGGGGGCGCCAGUGUACAUCGCCGUCACUAAUCCCGGGUAUUCCAAGUUUCUACACACCCAACAGCCAACUGUACCACCACUUGUUAGCAGGAACAUUAACACAUCUAUCGCUACCUACGAUCUUACUCAAGGUCCCUAUUCUACAAAUCAGACCGUAGCUAAUCGUGAAGAUGGUGUGUUUCGUAGAAGACUGUGGAUGGAAGGUGCCAAAUACCCGGGCGGAGAAUUUGGUCAUCGGAGGCUUAAGUCUUACGACUCGAAUAUGUCUGGAAGUAGCCCUAGAAAUAGCUCUGAGGGCAUGCAAAGGACGUCUUUGGAUUCGCGAACUCCAGCAACGCCUCCCUUCCUCGCGCGGGAGUCUCAGUCCUAUAGUUCCAUCCAAGUCUCCGAAAAGCAAUCAACCUUCCGUGGUUACGUCUUUACAAGUCCAUGGGACGGCCGUUGCGAGUUCGUGACGGGCGCCGGGGGUGGUUCUCUGAAGUGUCGCCAUAUCGUACCUGGCCUACAAGGAGCUCCUCCCGUAGCCCUUCCAGUCAGCGAACUCCGCUUUAACCUUCCAAGCAGUUCCAAGGCCUCCACACCACAGGGUGAAGAGUCUUCUAAGCGAUCCUCUUUCUUCCACAGACCGUGGCACAGCCGUAACAAUUCCUCGGUAGCAGACUCUCAUAUCGAGAGCACAGAAGACGUCAGGCGCUCGUUCGACCGCAUGGAUCUUUCGCUAGGGCAAGAGUUUGCGGGGGGAGGAUUUGGUGGGAAGCAGGCAAAGCUGGGCAAAUUGAUCAUCGAGGAUGAGGGCUUGAAGAUGGUGGAUCUCUUAGUCGCUGCGAACUUGGCAUUGUGGUGGAGGGCGUAUGAGCGGUGA